AUAUUUACUAUGUUGAAAUCUUUUUAUACAUUGAAAUCUUCUCUGCGGUACAUGCUGCGCAGUUGGCAUGGCCGUUAGACAAGAAAAAUGAUAGACUUGAAAAAUCUUCAUUUUCCAGGAUGCAUUCUAGUAAUGGCUGCGUUAGUGUGAGAUUAGAUUAGAUUAGUGUGGGCCACCCUAAUGUACAACUUGUGUUGUAAACGUUUUCAUUUGUUGUAUAAAUAACUACACACUAUAUAGGUAUAUUAAAAAUUAUACUUACUUUUUCAUGUUUUUCUUUAGGUACUGUUUCCUCUAAUCUUUAGCGACAUGGUCGGAAAAGUGGACGUAGUGGCCAAUGUCGAAGGAGGUGGUUUCUCGGGCCAAGCAGGUGCCAUCCGAUGGGGCAUUGCAAUGGGACUGCGUAGCUUUGUCGACACCGACACCAUCGAUAAGAUGAGAAUGGCUGGUCUACUGCAACGUGACUACCGCAGAAGGGAACGUAAGAAGCCUGGGCAAGCAGGAGCCCGUAGAAAGUACACAUGGAAGAAGCGUUAACAUUUUUUUAAUUACGAUAAAAGUUAUUGAACACAUUUGUUUCAAUAUAAAGUAGAUCGCACUAUA